AGCCAGCAUGGCCCACGGCGCGCACACUCCUCCUGCUCCGUCUGUGGGCGCUCAUAUUCCCCUCCUCUGACUUCCGACAUCCAGUCAUGACGCCCGUCUCGCUGCUGCUCGGCCAGUUCCUCUCCUGCUGCCCUGUGCGCUCCACCAAGGACGUGGCAGCUGGCCUCUUUAUAUCCGCUCUCCUCCUUAAUAUGGUGUCUCAGAGUCGUCGCUUUGUCCCAGAGGCGCUUAACUUUCUGCACGCGCUGCUGUGGAGCGCUGUUGCCCCCGCCCUCAAACCCGUCAAGCCCAAGGGAGUGCCGCGCUAUAUGCUGCUGCAGGUGUGCUCGCAGCAGUGGCUGUGGGCGCCGUGUGGCGACGGCAGCAACCACCGCAAGCGCAAGCGCGAGCCGCUAGAAGACAAACCCGAGGCCCUCGACUUUGACCGCAUCUUCCUGGGACCUUCCUGCCCGUCCAGCACUUCCGGCACCACUGAAACUACCACCAGCACCACUGCUAACCCUUUUGUUUCCAAGGCUUCGCCCUCCGCUUCUCCUGCUGCUCCUCCCACCCUGCUGGGUGUGGAGGGCAGUGCAGCAGGGACCGUGGCAGAGGCCUACUUUGGCUCCGACGUCUUCAGGCUGAGUCUGCUGCUGGCAGUGCUCAAGACGCUGCGCUCCUUUGCGCUGCUCUACCGCCCCAUGCAGCCCUUCCCCGAGAUUUUCGCGCCCUUCCUGCCCACUCUCGCUGCCCUUGCGGAGUCCGGGCAGCUGCCCGAAGAAAUCGAGCAGGAGCGGGCAGCGUGGGUGAAGGAUAUCGAGGGGGCGGUGGCGGAGGUGGAAGGUUCCAGGCAACCGCUGCGGCUGAGGGUGAAGCGAGCGGUACCUGAGAAGCAGUUCAACCCCAAGUUCGAGUCUGAUUUCGCCCGGGGCAAGGACUACGACCCCAACAGGGAGCGAGCGGAGCAGCGGCGGCUGCAGCGGGCGAUCAAGCGCGAAGCACGGGGGGCAGCAAGGGAGCUGCGCAAGGACAACCAGUUCCUCGCUGCUGCGCGCGCCAAUGAGGCUGCGAAUGCUCUGGAGGAGCGGCGGGAGAAGAACCAGCGGGCCAUGGCGUUUAUGGAGCAGCAGGCGCACCUCAUGUGGUCGGGGCAGCUGGGAAGGAAGAGGGGCGGCAUGAGCAGCGGGAAGGGCAGGCGGUAG